CUGAACCUCUUUCACUUCAGUUCUAAAGGUGUUUUGUAUUGUCAGCCUUCCAGCUCCAGAACAACUUGGCUCAAGCAAGACCCAGUUUUGGAGCAGGUGGUUGUCCUGAACUCUGCUGUCUUCCACUGAGUUCAAACACACAAACAAGAGAUGGUCAGCAGCCAGCCUGUCCCCAUAGCAGACAGUGGGAAAAGGAAAAAGAAAAAAAGAACCAGAGCUACAGAUCAGGUCCCUGGGAAGUUUGAAGACUUGUACAAGCUGACUGCUGAGCUGCUUGGUGAGGGAGCAUAUGCUAAAGUUCAGGGUGCUGUCAGUCUCCAAACUGGGAAAGAAUAUGCAGUCAAGAUAAUUGAAAAAAAUGCUGGGCAUAGUCGGAGUCGGGUUUUUCGUGAGAUAGAAACUCUGUACCAGUGUCAGGGUAACAAGAACAUUUUGGAGUUAAUAGAAUUUUUUGAAGAUGACUCAAGAUACUACCUGGUCUUCGAGAAGCUGCGAGGAGGUUCAAUCUUGGCCCAUAUACAAAAGAGGAAGCACUUCAAUGAACGAGAAGCAAGCAAAGUGGUGAGAGAUAUUGCCUCUGCUCUGGAUUUCCUUCAUACAAAAGGCAUUGCUCACAGGGAUCUGAAGCCUGAAAACAUCCUGUGUGAAUCUCCAGAAAAGAUAUCACCAGUGAAAAUAUGUGACUUUGAUCUUGGCAGUGGGGUGAAGCUGAACAGUGCAUGUACUCCAAUAACAACUCCUGAAUUAACAACGCCGUGUGGCUCUGCAGAAUACAUGGCACCUGAAGUGGUGGAAGUCUUCAUGGAGGAGGCCACGUUCUAUGACAAGAGGUGUGAUCUGUGGAGCCUGGGGGUGAUUCUGUACAUCAUGCUCAGUGGUUACCCCCCUUUUGUGGGCAACUGUGGCACGGACUGUGGCUGGGACAGAGGAGAAGUCUGCAGGGUUUGCCAGAACAAGCUUUUUGAGAGCAUUCAGGAAGGCAAAUAUGAAUUUCCUGACAAGGACUGGUCACAUAUUUCCUCUGAGGCCAAAGAUCUCAUCUCAAAGCUGCUGGUUUGUGAUGCCAAAGAACGACUUAGUGCUGCUCAAGUUUUGCAACAUUCAUGGGUUCAAGGACAGGCUCCUGAAAGAGGAUUGCCCACCCCUCAAGUUCUUCAAAGGAACAGCAGCGCGAAGGAGCUGACCCUGUUUGCAGCCGAGGCCAUAGCCCUGAACCGGCAGCUGUCCCAGCACGAGAGCGAGCUGAGCGCGGAGCAGCGGAGCGCCGCGCACGCCGUGUGCUCCGUGAAGCUGUCCCCUCCCUCCAAGUCCCGCCUGGCCCGCCGCAGGGCCAUGGCACACGCCACCAAGACCAGCGACUUCCAGCCAGUUCCCCACAAAGCCUUCUGAAGUUCUUUCCUGCUGCGGCGGGGGCAGGACGAGUCUGUGUUCUUAUUUGGAUUUUAGAGCUGAUAAAAGCUGCUCUGCUUCCGACACUUUGAUUAGGAGCUUGCUCUUGUGAUGUGACUUGUAACUCAAAGGGGACAGCUUUUUAUGGGAAUGUUUUUUGCCUGUCAGAUUUAGUGCAUUAAGAUAAUUCAACUGAUUUUUUUUUUUUAAACUGCAGAAGAUGAGUUUUCUGCUGUAUUAUGUGAGGUGAUAAAUCACUAAGUUUUCCUCAUUUUCUUCUUAGAAGAGCACAGUUUAAAAUGCAAACUUGAGUACAUCAGGAAAAACCCACACUGCCAGGCAGAGGAUCAAGCCUCUCUUUGCUGAUGGCUGCUCUCCUUGGUAGCACGUUUUGAAGCUGCUGCUGUUAAUGCCAGCAGUAGGGACAGUUCUCAGCCAACAGAGCCCUCCUCUCUUUCUGUAGACUCAUGAAGGUGACGACAGGGUGGAUCUCUGUCUCCAUUAUAUUCAUUGGGCUUAAAUGGAACGAGAUGGUACUGUAAAGGUGCAAGGAUUGCUCAAAUUUCUAGAGAUGGAGAGAGCUCUGUAGUUCUUUAUGUUGUACUCCAUACCCUCUCAUUUUUAAUUUUCUGGAGUUUGAUGUCUAUUAUGUCCCCUUGGAACAGUUACAUUCUUAAAUCUGAUAACUGCAGUGUAACAGACUGUUUAUGUAACAGUUUAUAUUUACUGUUAGGCUUUUUAAUACUAAUGUGGGGUUUUAUUAUAUUAAUGCUAUCCUCAGCUAAACCUUCCCUUCUGUAAAAUUGUACUUCUCCAUGACCUUUUAUGUGUCCUACCUGGACUUCCUAAUGUGAACAGACAGACAUCAGCAAAUUUUGGUGUGUGAAUAAUUUAGAAAUGCCACAAGCAGAGUACAGCUGUACAAAAAUGGUGCUGCAGCCACAGAAUUCUGCCUCCUGUAGUAACCUCAGGCUGUGUGUCUAGAUUUUUGCUUUCCGUUUCAACACUGCGGUGCAACAGAGCCAAGAAUAAUUUGGAAGGGUUUUGGCUGAAAAGCUGAAGAUUUUUAAGUGACCAAAGGGAGGUCCAUGGAGAAGGACACAGAUGUUGAGCACUUUCUGAAAAAUAAGCUGUGAAUAUUGGGCCCAUGAGAUGGCCAUGAUGCACCUUAACUUGUCAGCCCUUUUUGAAACCUUUUGCCAGGGCUUUGUGUGCAGGUGGGGGAGGAGGAGGCCCCCAAGUGCCAGCACAAAACCCUCCCAAGCAGACUGAGAAGGAAUAAAGUAGCAGAUGCAACAGGCACUUGGAAGUUGAAAGGUCAAAGCUGAAUGUCUUUGCAUGGCCUAUUCAGAGUGGUUUUACAUUAUCAGUAAUAUCAGUGCAUAUAGUUAUUUUUAUAAAACACGCUGUAUUUUGUGACUAAUAUUAAAGUUGUUAUUUAAAAAAAUUUUAUAUGUUGUGCCAGCUGAUGAAUGAUGAAAUGUAUUUUGCUUUUUUUAAUUAAAAUGCCCUAAAUUAUGUAUUUAACACA